AUGACCACCACUAUGUUUACAAGGCUUCAAGAAGAACUGGUUGGAAGGGGUUUUAUACAAAAUACUAGGCAUUUAACUGCUGACGAGCAGCUUGGUAUAUUUCUAUUUGGUACAGGUCAUGCCGUGGCCAAUAGAGUUUUGGCGGAAACUUUUCAACAUUCUGGAGAAAUGAUUAGUAGGCAUUUUAAUAAUUUACUGCGCGGCGUGGUUGAACUUAGGCGUGACUACAUCCAACUCCCACUAUCAAAUUCAGGAGUACACCCUAGAAUAAAAGAUAAUCCAACAUUUCAUCUAUUCAAGAAUGCAAUUGGUGCAAUAGAUGGGACACACAUACCGGUGGUUGUACAGAAGCAUAAGCAACCAAGAUAUCGAUGUCGAAAAGGAUUUACUUCUCAGAACAUGAUGGCCGCAUGCUCGUUUGACCAUCAGUUUCUAUUUGUGUGCACCGGGUGGGAGGGUUCUGCAGCUGAUAUGAGGGAAAAUAUUAUCUCGUUGAUUCUGGAUAUGCGAAUAAUGAUCGCUUCCUUGCGCCCUAUCGAGGGGAACGAUAUCACUUGA